CUUCCCGGGUGAGAAAGGCCCUUUUCCAGCUCCCUUCUGUCCAGGAGCCCAGAGCAAGGAGCUGCUGAUCUCCCAUGUCCAGGGGGCCCUGGGCUGCUGAGAGGCAUGAUUUAAAGUGCCCCUGCAAACCAAAAAUGGGCCCCGUCCCUGGCUGUAACUACUGUCUCAGGGAAGCAAACAGAUUCUACAGUCACCUUCUGAGCCAGGAACUGCAGGACUGCCCGUUCCAAAACCGGCUGUGAUCCCAGACAGAACAAGGAGAAGAGCUGUGGGUCCCAGAUAUGCAAGGCCAUGAGGUGAUUGUGAGCUGUGCCCACGCAGCAGGUGAUGGGAUGCCGAGAGAGAAUGAGGAGCAGAAGCCCCUGCAUGAAGCCCCUGAGAUGGUGAAGCCUCCUGUGACUUUACCCACGAGAUCCCAGAGCCCUGAGUGGGGAGGAGCCCGUGAGACUCGGUGCAGGUCAGAAAGGCGGCGGAGGAACCCACUGGCGCAGAGCUGGGGUAAAUCUGCUCAGGGGGGCGAUGGCCUCGCCCACCAGGAAAGACCAAACACGUGUCCGGACUGCGGGAAGAGCUUCAACAAGAGCUCGUCUCUGACUGUCCAUCAGAGAACCCACACAGGGGAGCGGCCCUAUGCCUGCCCCGAGUGCGGGAAACGCUUCACCCAGAGCUCCACCUUCCUGCGGCACCAACGGAUCCAUACUGGCGAGCGGCCCUAUGACUGCGCCGAGUGCGGAAAGAGCUUCCGGGUCAGCUCCCACCUGGUCCGACACCAGCGGAUCCACACGGGGGAGCGGCCCUACGUGUGCGCCGAGUGUGGGCGGAGCUUCAGCGUCAGCUCCCACCUGGUGCAGCACCAGCGGACGCACACGGGCGAGCGGCCCUACCGCUGCGCGUGCGGGAAGAGCUUCAGCCUGAGCUCCCACCUCCUGCAGCACUGGACCAUCCACACGGGCGAGCGACCCUACCAGUGCGCCCAGUGUGGGCGGAGCUUCUCCAUGAGCUCCGCCCUCAUCAGGCACCAGCGGCUCCACGCAGCCGACGCGCCCCGCCAGUGCGCCCAGUGCGGGAAAAGCUUCAGCCGCGGCUCGGAGCUGAGCGAGCACCAGAAGAUCCACACGGGGGAGCGGCAGCACGAGUGCGCCCAGUGCGGGAAGAGCUUCAGCGCAAGGUCCAAUCUCCUCCAGCAUCAGCGGACCCACGCAGGCGAGAGGCCCUAUACCUGUGCCCACUGUGGGCGGAGCUUCAGCCGGAGCUCGAACCUUAUUACACACCAGAGGAUCCACACAGGCUAAGAGCCCAGCACCUGUGAAGACCGUAGACCAACAGCUACAGGCCACAUCCCAUCCAAGACGCGGCCUGGCAUGGAAUUCAGGGCAUCUCCUCCUUUUGGGACACGUGGAGCUCUUUCCCACUCGUGUGCUGCCCUUGGGAACGCGGUGGGGUGAGGAGACAAUGAGGAGAUGCUGUGGGAAGGGAUAGUUUGGGGUUCGGGAUGCAAGGUGAUGGGGACCAGGAAAGGAGGCAGAAGUGGGUGUUGUUGCUGAGUCAUGAGUGGUUUGAGAUGGGUGAGGGAACGGAGCAGGGUUCCCAGGUAACUCUGGGCCUGUUUGAGGAUCAGUGAAUUUGCAUACUUACAUUCUCUUUUUUCCUUUUUAUUAGCUGGCAAAACUUUUUUUUCAUUUGGGUUGCCUGGGGAAUCCUGAGCUGUGCAUGUCUUGGCCUGGGGCAGGGAGUGAGCUGGUCAAAGAAGGGUGUUCUGAGAUGCCCUCCAAUUAAGGAAAGUUUGGAGUGUUAAAAUCCAGCCAAGCUUCUUGGGACAAGUAAACACAUCAGAGGCUAAAUGCAUGUGAAACCAGGUAAUCUAAAUGGCAGAGUUUGUUGAAAACCAACAAACUGCUUUUGCAGGGGGGAAAGAAAAAGUCAAAACUAACAACAGGGCAGCUGUAUUGAUCGUUGUGUUCAUUUUCAUACCAAAAUCAUGAAAAGCCUCCAAUCUUAAUUUAAUGAAACUGCCACCAAAUUUCUAGUCUGCUGCAACAGAGCACUGUGGCAUCCAGAGACUUUGCUGUAAGAUUUAGGUUCAGCUGCUGUGGGGUCUUGGAUGGAGGACAGGGCCAUAUAGGCAUUUUCAACCGGAGUUUGGCUAUAUAGCGAUGUCAAGUUAAAAUGGCCAAAUUAAAUAAAAACCCUCCCAUUUCUCUCUUGGGGUCACUGCUGCACACAGUUAGUACCAUGCAGCCUGCGUACUAACCUACGUAGUCCCACUGACUUCAGUGUGACUGCAGACAUUAGUAGGUACUAUGCUUGAUAAGCAUUGGCAUGACUGGGCCCUUAUUUGGUAUGAGUUUCCCUUGUGCCUGUACAGAAUGUGUGUUCUCCAUCCGGUUUCAUGUAGAAGUGUUUGCUCUGAUUUCCAAAAGUUAAUAUGUUUGACCAUCGAAAACGCAACAUCGUUUUCGUACCGUAUAGUGGUGAUAUGUAUCAAGGUGGGAGUGAAAGGUUGGGUGGUUCAUAUCCUGUGACUGUAGAUGCGGCUCUGAAAAUUGACUAAAUUGGGACAUUCCCAGAACAGGAAUAAGGACAUCUGUGAAUUGUGCACCUUUUACCAAUCAGGAACUGAACCAACUGUAUGUAGCACACUGAAGAAAAAGAAGCCCAUGGCUCUGUGAUGCUGCUGGCAUCUGGGCCUUCACUUUGGUCGCUAAAGAAAACAGCAUGCUCUCUCCCCGAGGUUCUGCCGCACUUUCCAAAGGAGUUGCCAGAGCUUUCCUGAGCCUGCUCCAGGGCUGGUAUAAUAAAGCUGAGUUAAUCUCCA